UUUUGCAAGAUCUUAUUUAUUUUUCCAAGAUUUAGUAAACAUUUUAAACUCUCACCACUUUAGAAUCAAUGGCCUUCAGGAACAAAGCAGGAAAUCAAACAGCAAUUUCUUGAUUAUUUUCAGCAUCAUGUGCAAGAGACAUGAAUUUAAACUGUGGAAGCAAUGAUCACUAAUGAACAUUCUUGACUAUAAAGUAUUGAGGAAAAUUUAGAAGAAGGGAUGAAUACGAGACAUAGGGUUAAGAUAACAAGGUCUGGAGCUGGAUGAACACAGCAGGCCAGGCAGUAUCAAAGGAGCAGGAAAGCUGACGUUUAGGGUCUGGACCCUUCUUCAGAAAUGGGGGUGGGGAAAGGGGCUGAGAUAAAUAGAGAGGGGGAGGCGAUGAUAGAAAGUGGAUAGAGGAGCAGAUAGGUAGAGAGAAGAUGGACAGGUCAAGGAGGCGGGGAUGAAGCCAGUAAAGGUGAGUGUAGGUAGGGAGUUGGGAUGUGGGUUGGUCAGUUGGGAGGCAGGGAAGACGGACAGGUCAAGGAGGCGGGUAUGAAACCCGUAAAGAUGAGUGUAGGUAGGGAGUUGGGAUGGGGCUUGGUCAGUGAGGGGGAGGGGCGGAUGGGGUUGGGGGGGAAGACGGACAGAUCAAGGAGGCAGGUGUGAAGCCCGUAAAGAUGAGUGUAGGUAGGGAGUUGGGAUGGGGCUUGGUCAGUGAGGAGGGAGGGGGAGACGGACUGGUCAAGGAGGCGGAGAUGAGGCUAGUAGGUAGGAUUUGGGGGUGGGGGUUGGUCAGUGAGGUGGGGAAAAAAGACGGACAGGUCAAGGAGGCGUGGACGAGAUGGGCUGGUCUUCGGAUGAGGUCGGAGGUGGGGAGAUUUUGAAGGUUGUUUUGGAAAGGAGAUACACGAGAAUGCAUUGAAGAUUAUUUUCUGAAUGCAAGUAACGUCAAUGACAUGAGACUUGCAGCCUGUGGGGGUGGUGGAAGAAGAGAAAAAUAAAUGAUUGCAAAAAGAAGUGAAACGGGCACUUGGAAGGCAAACUUGCAAUGCUCCGUGGCAGAGCAGGGAAAUGGGACUGACUGGAUUUUUUUCACACAUGAUGGACUAAAUUGCCUCUUGCUGAGCCGUAAUGACUGAUUCUCUCCGCUCGCAAGUUACACCAAGCAUUGCUGCAAUAGGUCAGCAGCAAGAGCACAGUUUCAGCUGGAACCACAGCGGCAACAGUCUAGAUCGGAGUAAAUGUCUCUGCGCAAACUCAGAAAUCGGCGGACGUCUGAUUGUGACGCGGGGCGCGUGCCACCCGGGCGAUCCCGGCUGAACGUUCCAUCCUGCUUGUGAUUGUGAGGUCACUGCGUCUUCUCCCUCUUAUCGCCCUCCAUAUUCCCCCUACGUCUGAUUGUGACGCGCCAGUCUGCGUGACGCACCUUUCGCGUUGAGCGGGAGUCGCGGUAGGCGGCGGGCGGCCCAGGCGAUGGGGAGGAAGCGGAGAGCCGCGGCGGACCUGGGCGGACCGCGACACCGGGCCGACAGCUGACUCACCGCCAGCUAUAGCCCGGCCAGAUAAACAGGUGUUCGACUUUUGUACGCCGGUCGAGCCACUCUCUCAGCCAGCAGCGGAGUUUGUUGUGAGCGGGUCGCAGCGUUGCCGGUGGUCGCCCAUGUCAGCGCAGGGGCUGUCAAUGGGGAGUCACCUCCGGGGGGUCCUGGACGUGGCUCUGCGGGUCCCCUGCAUCUUCGUCAUCGACGCCAUCUUGAACUCUUACUUUGAUGGCUUUGAGAGCCUGUCCACGGUGGCUCGACAAGUAUCACAGCGGUUACUGGGUCUAUUACUGUCAUGUGUUAUCCUUGUAUUAUCCCAAAGAGCACUCUUCAGACUGUACGCAUUUGGCUGUGUUGUUCUACUUGCUGCAACUUCUGUGCUAGUGAACUACUACACCACGCUCCACAUUGAUUUCUACAAUGCAUACUACUCUGCAGUGUUUGGGAUGCAGCUGUUACCACGCAAUGGCCCAACAUUGUGGUUGGCCCUUAUUGCAGUUCAGCUCACAAUUGGCAUUGGGUAUGCAACAUUACUGAGCAUUCCAUCAGUAUUUUCUGCAUUGACUGUGCUCAAUUUCUUACUGCCUAUACUAAGCCUGGCCUUGGAGUUACCAGAAGAUAUUCAAAAUCUGUUAGUUGCCUUUUCAGGCAUGUAUAUAACAGCACAGACUGUAUUUUACGUAACUCUGAAUUUAAAAUGGUUUUAUUAUACAAUAAGAUAUGUUUAUUUACUGUUACGGCACAUGUAUCGUAUAUAUGGAUUACAAGUUAUAGUGGAGGACACGUGGAAGAGGAUUCGUUUUCCAGAUGUGUUGAGGGUUUUUUGGUUGACUCGGCUAGUGGCACAGGCCAUUAUUUUAGUUUAUGUUGUUAAAGUGACACAAAGUGAUUCAGAGAACAAAAGCUACUUUAUUUCCUGGAGUGACAGCUGGGAGGUGCUCUGCAAUCUCAUAAUAAGUGGGUGUGACUCAACAUUGACUGUCUUGGGCAUGAGUGCAGUUAUCUCAUCAUUAGCACACUACUUGGGACUUGGGAUCUUAGCCUUCAUUGGGUCUACCGAGGAGGAAGAUAAACGCUUAGGAUUUGUGGCCCCUGUUUUAUUUUUCAUUUUAGCUCUGCAGACAGGUUUGAGUGGACUGGAACCUGAAGAAAGACUAGUUCGCCUCAGUCGCAACAUGUGCCUUCUUUUGACUGCAAUCCUGCAUUUUAUUCAUGGAAUGACAGAUCCUGUGCUAAUGUCACUUAGUGCCUCCCAUGUUUCCUCCUUCAGAAGACACUUGCCUGUUCUCAUGGUUUCCAUUAGCCUUUUCAUUCUUCCAAUUAUACUCAGCUGCACCUUGUGGCAGGUCCACACACUGAACACUUGGCUCUUUGCUGUGACAGCAUUCUGUGUUGAAUUGUGCUUAAAAGUAAUUGUUUCCCUUACUGUGUACACUCUCUUUAUAAUUGAUGGGUACUACAAUGUUUUAUGGGAAAAACUAGAUGAUUACAUUUACUAUGUUCGUUCAACAGGCAAUGUUAUUGAGUUCAUUUUUGGAGUGAUAAUGUUUGGAAAUGGAGCUUACACAAUGAUGUUUGAAUCUGGUAGUAAAAUUCGUGCCUGUAUGAUGUGCUUACAUGCUUACUUUAACAUUUAUUUGCAAGCUAAAAAUGGAUGGAAGACCUUUAUAAAUCGGAGGACUGCAGUUAAGAAAAUUAACUCCCUGCCAGAAGUAAGAGGCAACAGGUUGCAUGAUAUUGGUGAUGUGUGUGCAAUUUGUUACCAGGAGUUCACUACUUCAGCACGCAUCACGCCUUGCAAUCAUUAUUUCCACGCCCUUUGUCUGCGCAAGUGGUUAUACAUUCAGGAUACCUGUCCUAUGUGCCAUCAGGGAGUAUACAUUGAGGAAAAUCCGAAUGAAAGCACAGUAUUUGUCAAUAACAAUGGAAAUAUUCCACAACAACCAGUAGUGGAGAACUUGGUGGUGGCGGCUGCUGCUGUUGAUGCUGACAGUGAUCUGAAUGAAGACAAUGACAGCAUUGAGUAUGAUGAAGAAGAGUGGACAACUCAAAAUGGCAAUGUAGCAGUGGAAGAUGAGUACCUUGAUGAUGAUACAGAUGCGAGUGAUGAGUGAGGCUCAAUGAUUAUAAAGAUGUUGCAUUAUUUAAAACAAAAGACUGCCAAUCAAACAUCAGGGAAGAAAGUGAUUUUUUUUCUUUUGCUUAGGUGAUUUUUCAGUUAUGUCAAACCAGUGAUGAGAAGGGUUUAAGAACUAGACUACAUUCCACUUAUCACUGGAGUGCAGAAUAGACAAAGCACAGCAGCUGUGAAAAGACACUGGUUAUGGACAAGUACUGUUUUCAGCCAAAUUAUUUAUUAUGACUGCUGUUGUACUGUUUACCUCUUAAAAUUGCUGGCCUCUUGUUCAAUCCUAAAAUUUGUGUAUACUGUAUAUGAAAUAAAAGUUUGACUUGCAUAAAAUUCCUA